UCCACGCCCCGAGAAACUUUUCGCUGUUUUUUGAACCCUCUGAGAGAGACCCACAAAGGAAAGCGGAGGGAGGGGCUGUUUUGUGUCCGUUUGGGCGCUGCCAUGGCUGUAAAGGCGACCGGGUCCGGGGCGCUGGGCAGCUGCCGUUGCUCGGGUCCGUCUCGCGCCGUCCGGCGGUUGAGUGCCUGCCGCUGAGGAGAUUUCCCACACACACACACCCGCACCGCGCAAGGAUGGCGGAGCCCCCAGAGCCGGACGCCGAGGUGGGGGUCCUGCGGGAAAAGGUGGCGGCUCUGGAGGCGGAGUUGGAGGCCUGUCGCAGCCGCCUGGAGCGAGAGAAGAAGCUGCGCCUCAAAGCCCAGGCCAGCGCCUCCAAGCUACGGAGAGAGGCUGAAGUUCUCAGUAAGGAGAGCAGUGGUAGAAAAAGAAGUGAGAAGGCAACAUCCAGUAUAGAAGUGCAAACUGAAGACUGUGAUGCAUGGUCACAUGCAGAUUAUUACUAUUAUAGCUAUUAUAACAGUACUGAGCCUCAGCCUGAUUCAUCUAGAGUGCCAGUAGAGCCAAAUAGUGAUAAUGAAGGCUCAAACUCUAAUUGUACGGAGCAGUUACCGUCUUCAGAUGUUAACAGCACAAGAAACAAUGAACAUGAGAUGCAGGAUAAUGUAAUCCAUGAUGUGCAGGAAUCAGAAGACACUUUAUUAGCAGAAGGUACGUUAGCAGAAAGUUUGAGGGCUGCGGCAGAAGCUGCUGUUUCACAAACAGGAUUUAUAUAUGAUGAAGGCACUGGAUUAUAUUAUGAUCACAGCACCGGAUUUUAUUAUAACUCGGAAACCCAACUUUAUUAUGAUCCAACCACUGGAAUUUAUUAUUACUGUGAUGUUGAAAGUGGCCGCUAUCAAUUCCAUUCACGAGUUGAUCUACAGUCUUACGGAACUUUAGCUGCACAACAGAGCAAAGACAAAAAGAGCAAAAAAAAGAGAAGAGAUGCUGAGUGCCCUAAGGCAAAUGAACACAAGGAUACAGAUGAGCAAAAAUCAUCCAGCACUCUGAAUUGUCUUUCCACUUCUAAUGAACUAAGUUCUCCAGAAGAAGAAGAAUUUCCAAAUCUGAAAAAGGCUAAAGUGGACAAUGGUACAAGAAACAGCCUAGCAUCCAAAGAACCAAGUACCACAAAUGGCACCAGUUUAAGUUUUACCAAGAAGGUCAAACAGUGCACUGGUUUUCUUAUGGAUGAUAGUAAAACAGAGUCGGAGAGUGAGCCAGAAGAAGGGGAAAUUACGGAUUCUGGACAGGAGGAUUAUAGUAGUGAAGAUGAAGUAACAAGUGAAGAAAGUGUAAAUUCAGAAGAAACAGACAGUGAAGAUGGAGACCAGAUCUGGCCACCUUGUAUUAGAGUGAUUGUAAUUAGAUCACCAGUUCUGCAGAUGGGAUCUCUGUAUAUCAUCACAGCUGUCAAGCCUGCCACUAUUGGAAGAGAGAAGGGUAUGGAACACACUCUACAGAUUCCAGAAGUUGGGAUUAGUAAGUUUCAUGCAGAAGUAUACUUCGAUCACGAAUUGCAGAAUUAUGUUCUCGUGGAUCAAGGCAGUCAGAAUGGUACUGUGAUUAAUGGAAAUCAAAUACUGCAGCCUAAAGCAAAAAGUGAUCCUUAUGUUCUGGAACAUGGUGAUGAAGUCAAGAUUGGAGAAACUGUACUGUCGUUUCACAUACACCCUGGCAGUGAAACCUGUGAUGGAUGUGAACCAGGGCAAGUCAGAGCCCAUCUUCGCCUUGAUAAGAAAAAUGAAUCUUCCAUUGGCCCUGCACUGACAAAAGAGGAGAAGGAGUUAAAUAGAAGAAAAGCACUAAAACAAAUACGUGUAAAAUAUGGUUUGCAGAAUGCAGACUAUGAAAAUGAUAAUGUGGUGAAAAAUCCCAAGUACAAAGACAGAGCAGGAAAGCGCCGUGAGAUGGUUGGAAGUGAAGGAACCUUUCAUAGGGAUGAUGCUCCAGCUUCUGUACAUGUUGAAAUUAGUGAUAGCAACAGAGGGGGAAUGAAAGAUCCGAUUACACUACAACUGCAUAGAAAGCACGCAGGCCUGGGUGCAAGUACUCCCAUCUCAGUGGAAAAUGCUCAGAUUGUCAACACAAAGAACAAGAGGAACUGGGAAAAGGCAAGAGAGAGGUUUGCUGAAAAUUUCCAGGACCCUAAAACACAGGAAAAUGUAUCAAAAAACCUGCCUUGGGUUAGAGAAACUGUGGAAUGAAAUUGUUCGUUUUAUAUUACUAACAUGCUAAAGUGACUGGAGUUUGUUUUUUAUGGUACAAUGGGAGUUGGAUUAUACCCAGCAUAUUUCAAGUCUGCUGAACAGGCUGACUGAUUGAAAUUGUUUCGUUUACAUGCAUUUCUUUUUGUAAAAAACACUUUUAAACAGAAGGCAUGCAUAACUUAAAAUGGCCCACGUCUUGACUGAGGGGAUUUUGAGAUGAUAUUUUGAAAUAAUUUUAGAGUCAGUUUUUGUUCUGUGGCUUUUCUUUAUCCAGCAGGUCAGUGAGCUUGAAAUAUUAUACGAACUGAUGCAAAAAAAUUGUUGUGUACGUGUGGGAAUACUAUUAGCAAGAGAAGCAUCACUGGAUGAAAUAUUGCUAAGCCUCCUUUAAUUCCUAUUAAUGAUUGCCAAUAUUUUCUAACAAUUCAUUAGACAACAUCCUAUUUUAAAUGGAAUACCAAUUUAUUUUUGUGAAGAUCAGUUGGCAGUAAGGAAUUACUCUCUUCCAUGAAGAACUUUAGUGUUGCAUAUGAAGCUUGUAGCACACAUUUGAACUAGCAUGUUCAGAAACUGCUGUGAUAUUCAAAGCUGUUGUGCACGCUAAGAAUUAUGUGAUACUGCCAUCUCACUUCAGAAUCCUAUGGCUGAAUGGUCCUUAAGCUCACAUUUUCUUUCUGUAGGAAGCUGGCAUGUAAGAAUUCUAGCCUAAUCUUUGCCAUUAGUGCUAAUACUCUGUGCUUGGGGAAAGCAGCAUUCAGUCAUGGGAUCCCCGUAUUUUGGUGAUAAACUCCAGAUGUGUACCAUGUGCUGAUUCUUAAGGUGUAGCAGCCUUAAGUGGGUUAAAUAGUUUGUUAAUUUAGAAUUAUUUAUCAACCUCUUGGGACCGUUCUGUAUCCAUUGCUGGCAAUGGAGUGUAACACAAGAA